AUGGACAACAAUGGCACCAUCACGCCUUCGGUCUCGGCAACCUCUGACAUUCAACCGCAUCCUGAAAAUUCCUGCAUGUGUGUCGUUAGAGUGUCACCUGCAAAGCCAUGGAUUGCUUCCAGUAGGCUUGUAAGCUGGCCUUAUUCGGAAUUAGGCAUCCUUCGGCCUCAGCGAACCGUCGUAGUAAGAGUCAUGUGUUCUUGUACCACUCACGUCUUCACACCACGGUAG